UCAACUUCCCCUCCAUCACCAUCCCAUUAUGAAUAUUUUUCUAUCGGCACUUGCGAUGUUGUACAUGACGAGCAGAGUUGUAGAUGCUUUCAACUGUGGUGACAAGAUCCCUCAAAAUGUUUGCUUGAUGGUGGACCCAAUCAUGGGACAAGCAUGGUUUGCCCGAGCGGACGACAUACCACCUAGUGGUGCAGGGAAAGGCUGCAAGCUUGCCGGAGUUCACGCAUUAGAAGCACGUGGCUGUUGUCCUCUCGCAACCAUCAAACGUGGAGGACGUAUCACGAUGGGAGAAUAUAAUCGCGCAGGUUGUGGCCCCCCCAUUCCGGACUCUCCGCCGCCGAAAAUGGCGUAACCAACAACAGGACGUCAUCAAUCUUCCUGCAUCUCAUUUUUUUAUCGACUUCAGCUUGAUUGCCAUCAUGAAAACCCUUGACCUGACAAUAUAGAUUAUGUUCCAUUUUUCACCCACGUUGUUUCUUCUCUUCUUAUCCAUAGCUCUCUGAAGACAAGGAAUCGAUUGAAACUGGGUGCAUGCCUUUUG